AUGGGCCUCCUCGACCAGCUCUGGGACGAGACGGUGGCCGGCCCGCGGCCGGACUCCGGCCUCGGCAGGCUCCGCAACAUCACCAUCGCCCGCCCGCCGUCGCUGUCCGUCGACGCCUCGCCGCGCGCCGAGUCCUACAGCUCCUCCGUCCCGUCCUCCCCGGCAAGCACGCCCGACUCGCCGUUCGCCACAGCUACCACGCCCAAGGCGGACGGCUGGAGGAGGUUCCGCCGGAAAACCAAGGUCUCCGAUGGGCCGGAACCGGCCGUCGGGCCAAGGAGCCCCACCGUGUACGACUGGUUCGUUCUCGGCCCACGCUCAGUUUCUUUUCUUGAAAUUUUACCACCACCUUGA